AUGCGCAUGCUCGUUGUUGCAGAAUCGGUACCAUUCCCGCCGGACGAAGCUCUGAUUUCGCCUUCCAUGGGUGACAUUCGCGAGUGCGCACGCCCAUCCACUCGAGCUUAUUCCUUCGGGGAUGACGAGAGACUACCUACUGCUGCUGCGCGGUUCACAACGGAAGGCCUUGGCUGCUACCCGCGGCGGCCAAUCUCUGAGGCCCACGAGACACACGUCUCAGCAGCUUGUGGCAAGCCCUCGGCCUCUGUCCGCCAGCCUAUCAGCGCCGCCCAUGUCUGCAUCCAAACCAUCUACGCUUCCCAUCCCGAUGUGAGGCCCAAGUACCCCGAGGCCCAGCGCACGCUCAGCUGCUUCGAGCCUAAUGAUACCCAAGAGCCGUUCGUUGUCAUCCGCGAUGAGCCAACGCCUGGCCCUCAGCCUAUGGUAGCACCAAUGAGGCUGACUAUGGGGGCGGCACCUGAGUGGGAGCGGGCUCCAAGGAAGAGGCGAGGGUCGGGGUCGGGAUGGAGUGGCUUCUCUGCGAGAAGGCGGCUCCUGCCAUCAAAACCCUCGUCAUCGCCGCGCAGGCCGCAAAUAUCAGCCCCAUCGAACUUCCGUCAUCUCUACUCAGACUCCUUUCGCUUCCCAGACGACGGUCUGUCGCAGUUGAGACCACGACCGCGCUCCUUCCACCCUCUUGAGCUGAGCAUAUACAUUCCCGACGAACAACUGUCGCCAAUCCUGCCUCACUUCGACUACCCAAGUCCACCUGUGACGCCUCCACAACGGGCUUACACUAUCUCAAGCCGCAGUGACAACAGCCGCAGCAUGUCACACGAACGCAGCUACUCGUCAAUGUCCUUCCAUAUUCCCCGGCGGCCAGUCAACGGUGGAUCCGUAUUUGACUCGCCUCGAUCAGAUACUAGCACGCUGCGGCGACCUCAACCCGCAAGAGUGAGAGCCUACACGUCGCCAUCGCCCCCGCCUCCUCUCGUGGAGGACCUGGUGGAGAAGGUUGCCAACGCUUUGUUGGAGAGAGACAGGCUCCAGGAGCAGAUCGACGAUGUCGUCGAGAGGCAGAGUAUUUACAUCAGCAGCAGGCCGUCUACUGCUCAUGGAGCGUCAGAAAUGGAGCCCAUGCCAGUUAUACCUGCUUUGCCUCCUGACGCGCCGUCGUUCAGCGAGCGCCUGAGCUCCGACCGUCCUCGGACUGCACCAUCCAAAGCGCCUGUUCGCGUACCGUAUCGAGCAAAUUCAUCACGGAGGGUCGAAGGGCAUAUUCCACCUCCACCAUUGCCACUUCGAUUGCGUCCACCUCUACGCAAGAAGAAGUCCUUUUCACGAGUCUCAACUUGGCUGUUCCCCAGCGGGGAGCACCACAGGGAGAUUAGCCUAGACUCCCUCACCAACGCCCCGAAGCCAGUUACCGAUGCGGAGGGAUAUUACCAAAUCGCCAACCCAGCACUGAACCGACGGCGCAGCUUCGAUAGCGACAGCACCGUUUCGGACUGGAGUGUCGAAGAGCAGCAGACCCUACCCACUAGUUUAUCACCCAGCAGCACUGCAACCCCGAAGGCAAUGGCUGAGCCGGCCCUAGGGGUUGCGUUCGGGCUUCGGGAGCCGGUUAUACUCCCGCAACGAAACAGUGUUGGCGUUGCCUUCUAA